GCACAACCACCGAGAAUUCUCUGAAGCAGUCUCCAAUCAGAGUUGAACGAGGGCACAAGGUUGCUUACGAGUCACUGUACUGUACUCUCCUGCUGCUACUUCCACUAAGCGCUUCUCUUAUCUCCCCGAGUGGCAAUCAACCACAACCUCAUCUCUAUAUCAACCACUCCUCUCCUCCUCAAUCAAACCCAUUCACCCACAACCACAACCACACUCCAAAAAAACAUUCAAAAUGAACUACACCACCCCCCCACAAUCCCUAACCUCCUCCCCAUCCCUCUCAACAACAACAACAACAACGAAAACAACCCGACCAACCCUCUCCCUAGACCUCAGCAACCUCCCCGCCCUCAGCCAACCAACAACCCCAACCAACACCCUCAUCAUCACCGAUCUAAACGACCUACACCUCUUCGACCCCCCCUCCCUAACCGCCCUUCGCACCACCCUGAACAACCUCGCCCCGCUCAACUCCUUCUCCCCACUGCCCUCCCUCCGCCGCCUGCUCUGCUCCUUCCACACCGACAACGACGCCCUCUACAUCCGCAAACUCCUCUCAUCCACCGAGCAGAACAACCCCCUGAAAGCCCACACAGCCACCCACUCAGCCAGAACCGUCAACCCGAAGGUCUACUUCGGCGAACCCACCCCGCUGCAAACGGGCCACGAUGCCCGCCCCAAACUCCUCGCCGCCCCGCAGGUCGACAAGCUCUUCUUCAUCAGCCCCCCGCCCUCCCCGCCCCACGGCUGGGUUCUGCGCCAGGAGGACCCCCCCAACAAGGAAGUCCACGCCAGCGAUCUGGCCCACGCGCUGGCCAAACUCAACACGGAGAUGUCGACGUUCGGCGAGGCAGCCGCCGCCGCGGCGCCGGAAACUCCUGUCUCGGCGGUCUCGGAGAAGCUGCCGCGCACGGGGAGCUGGCCCGUCACGAAUCGCCGCAGCCGCAGCAGUACCCUGAUCUACCACCCUGAAAAUCACGGGGGUAGUCCCGGCUUGCCGGCCGUGAUGGUUGAGGAUAUGAGCGAGAUGGGGUUGUUAGUGGAUGAUGUUGAUGAAGAUGAGGACGAGGAUGUUGAGAUGAGCUAUAGUCCUGUCGAGGAGGAGGGCAUGUCCGUCAAGCGAAUGCCGCCGAAGACGGCGCGGCCGCCGGUCGAGUUGAUGUGAUUUCUUUAAUGGACGUUUUGGGAUUCAUUCUGGUUGUGAAGAGAGAGAGGUGCUUGGAUAUAUUGCUUGCUUGUCAUGAAUGGUGUUCGGGAUGGUUUUGGCGUUGAACAAAGUUGGUAUUGUUUGCUACGGGAUUGGGCAUGAUGGCGUAUAGUACGCAUUGUACAUACUAUUUGCAUUGGGUUGCGACACUUUUUGGUACUUCCAUCUCUUGUCUAUUCUUAUUCAUCGUUCAAUUAAUCCCCACAGAAUGGUGGUAUAUCAUCUCAUCCAUCUGCAGUAUUUGCUUUCCGUCUAUAGUCAUCUACUAUGCUCUUACAGAUCCUUACAAUAACCUGAGCCGC